UGACACUGACAUAACAACAACGUCAAAUUCCAGUCAACAAGGAAUUUGAAUUCAACGUUUUUUUACGAACUUCGACUAUUCAUUUUGUUCGUUAUUUUAUUCCAAAAAAUAUAUUACUCUUCUUCGUUAUUAUAUUAAUACAGCUUUAUUUAAUAAGAGAGUGCGUGCGGUGUACUGUAUUAUAAUGGCCCAGUUCAAUUAUUUGAACGAGCUGAACAGUCUAGCCACUAUUGAUGGUCCCUUAACGAGAGGGCCUUUACAGCGAUGGGCGAAAAAGACUAACAAUGAAAAUCAUAAUCCUUCAUUUAGUGCAUCAUUUAAAAAUAUGUCUAAUGCAAAUAUCAGUGCUUGCAAUCAGUCGAUGCAGAAGCUGUCUAUAUCGUCAAACCAGAGUUGCAACAAUAGUGUGUUGACCAGCAGCAAAACCCCCACACGAAAUGAUAUAAAAAAGGGAAAGAAAACGCCAUCAAAAAACAAAUCACCAGGUCGAUCUACAACACCCACUCCAAAUAAAGCAUCCAAGACGCCAAAUAAAGCAGACAGAUUUAUACCAUCUAGAAGUAAUUCAAAUUAUGACUUGUGCCAUUACAUGAUGAGCCGUGAAGAAGACAAAGGUGAAGAGGUGGUCGCCCAAAAGGCUGCUGGAGAAGCCAUUGGUCGAGCACUUACAGAUACGGAGCCUGGUAGACUUCUACAGUACACCUGCAAAGCACCUGCCGCUCCUGAAGGUUAUCAAAACAGACUAAGGGUUGUGUAUUCACAGGCCAAAGUACCAUCAUCAGUGAAGAAUACAACCAGAUACAUACCACAAGCUCCUGAUAGAAUUCUUGAUGCACCGGAUAUUCUAGAUGACUACUAUCUCAACUUAGUUGACUGGAGUGCAUCAAAUAUUCUAGCAGUAGCUUUGAACAAUGCUGUAUAUUUAUGGAAUGCUGCAACAGGACAAAUAGAGCAGCUACUAUCUCUCGAAGGCUCAGAGACUGUGUGCUCUGUGUCGUGGGUGCAAGGUGGUGGUUCACAUCUGGCUGUUGGCACCUCAUCAGCGACCGUAGAAUUAUGGGAUUGUGAAAGAAUUAAAAGACUAAGGGUUAUGGACGGCCAUAGUGGGCGCGUUGGAUCGCUCGCAUGGAACCUGCACGUGGUGUCGAGCGGCGCACGCGACGGGAACAUUGUUCACCACGACGUACGACAGCGCGACCAUGCUGUUGCCACGUUGCAUGCACACACACACGAGAUCUGUGGCUUGAAAUGGUCUCCUGAUGGGCGAUACCUUGCUUCAGGUGGCAAUGACAAUCUACUAAACAUCUGGCCUAUUGCUCAAGGACAACACUAUACUCAAACACAAUAUCUGUAUUCAUUUAAUCAACAUUUGGCGGCAGUCAAAGGAAUAGCUUGGUGUCCAUGGAGUUCAGGCAUUUUAGCCUCUGGAGGUGGAACAGCAGACAGAACUAUCCGUAUUUGGAAUGUAAAUACCGGAGCUAAUCUCAACACUGUAGAUACAAAAUCUCAGGUCUGUUCAAUCUUGUGGAGCACACACUACAAAGAGCUGAUCUCGGGUCACGGGUACGCUAACAAUCAGCUAGUUAUCUGGAAGUAUCCGCUAAUGAACCGAGUGGCUGAACUGACGGGGCACAUAGCGCGGGUACUGCACCUCGCACUAUCGCCCGACGGCGUCACCGUAUUGUCGGCCGGCGCGGACGAGACGCUGCGACUUUGGAAAUGCUUUAUGUUGGAUCCAUCCAAGAAGAAAGAACCCACCGAUUCCAAAGCAGCAAAGUCCUUACUAAACAUGAACUCCUUAAUUAGAUAAGUUCGUAUUAUAGUGCCAUAAUAAACUCGACUGAACAAUCUAAUAUUAUGACUGAAAAUUGUGAUCAAUUAGCUAGUUUAAUUGAUAUACUUUAAACAACUCUACUGUUGCUUUUAUAUAUUUUCCCAAUCUAUAUCUCAUGCUACUGUUAUUUAUUAUGCAUCGACAAUUUCUACACUUUUACUUCUGAUCUUAGAUAAAUAUUAUUGUAUAAUUAUUUAUCUAAGUUCCGACGAUUUAUUUUUAUUUUAAAUGCGAAUUUAUUUGACUUAAGAUUUAAUAUGUUUACGAUCGUAUUUUUCGAAUACAUUUUGACAAAAGUAUUGAAGUUGAGGUCGUCAAAUGUAUCGCGAUCUUUCUUCUUAAAUUUCUAUUUUGUCUGUCUAUUAUGUACUAUAUUAUAUCCUUUUUAGUUGUCCCUUCACUUUCAAUGCUAAAACAUUUAAUUACCUCGGCUUCCUUAUUUUGUGACCUUUAUAGAACUAUGUAUUGUGCGGCUCACAUUUUGUUUUGUGUGUAUAUUUACUUUAAAAAUUUGAAUUGAUGUUUUGAAUUGUUUUGAUUGAUUAUUGUGAAUUAUCUAUUUGCAUUAAUAAAUAUAUUUAAUAAAAAAGUUAUUUUUAUUUCAA